UUCCUAUUUAUGUCAGUUGGCUGAUGUUUAUUACUGUUCUUUUUGAUAACAUUAUUUCGUCCAAUUUAAGGUCAAAAUUGUCCAAUAGUUAUUCGAUAUAUUUUAUUUUAAUUCUUUUGCUGUAGUAUUCUGCAAUGAAUUUCUCUACUGUUGAAUUCUAUAAAGUUCUCAAAACUUUACAUAAUGAGAUUUACUAUUAACCAUAAAAGUUUUUCUAUAUUCUAUAGAAAGAUUAUUCUUAUCAAAAUAAAAUACUAUAAAAUUUCACUGGGGACUAAUGCGUAUGCCAGGAUAACUAAGAACUAUUUUAUUAUUGUUUUAUACACUAAAAAUAAAUAUAUUAUUAUACAAUACCAUAUAUAUUUUAUUAAAAUAAAAGUAGUUCUUUUGUAAAGUAUAUGAUAAUUUUUGUAGAUGACUGUAUAUCACCAUUUGCAAGUAUAUCAUACGUGAAUUUGUUUAUCUUGAAGUUUACCUUUGAAAUACGUAUGAACUAAAUACUCACAUAGGAUUAAAUGACUCACUGCUUAUAUUUUUUAAAAUCUUUUCUUUAUAGUGAUAUAUGCAUUGAAAAUUAAGCUUGGAAAUUAAGAAAAGUAGGAGGUACUUUUUAUAAUUCUUUAUAAGUUUGCUUAUAGAAUCUUAGUAAAAUAUUUUCAAAUAUACCAUUAAAAAGUAUAACUUUCUCAUAUCUUUGAAUCUUAUUUUCUUAAUUUUAAACAGCAAAAUCUCUUAAUUUUUUGAGAAAUAACAAUUAUACAUCAUAAUAUUUCAAUUUGAAAUGCUAUAGUGAUUUCCCUUAGAACUAGAGUAAUAUCGUGGUAUCAUUAAUUUAUAAGAUUUUAAUAUGAAAAAGCUACGUAAUACUGUUACCUAUGUUUAUUAAUUACUAAUAUAAUGUAACAUAAUAUACUUUAGUGUUAUAAUUGAUUUCAGAAGUCUUCUGAUUAUUAUCAUUGUUGUUCUCAUUGUUUUCUAUUGAGUUAUGUUUACUCAUUUUUAUUUAUGUAUUCAUUAAACUUUUGUGUUUACAAUUAGUAUUAGUAAUGUUGUUCUUUUUAUGUUCCUACUAUCUGAUGUGCUUCUUUAUCCAUUUUUUAUACCUGUAGUUAUAUCAUUACUGUACUUUAACAUUGUAAGAGUAGUUUAAGUUUGUUUUAUACUUAUAUUUACUCAGAAUCAAUAUACAUAAAUAAUUUAAAUACAAGCGUCGCAACAUCGAAUCUUCCUAAGAACCACAAAAAAAUAUGAAUACAAUAUUUACAAAAACUAAAAUGCUUAUAUAUAUAUUACUUUUAUAUGUUGUGUUUAUAGUAUUUGUGUGUGUAUUAUUUAUAUGUGAUUAUUUAAAAAAUAUUGUGUAUAUUUAGUUGAAUUUUUUUAGAAAAACAUUAAUUACACAAUCUGUCAAUAAACUGCACUAUAAGACUUCUAAGCAUUGAGAGUUGAACUAUCGAUGCUUGCAAGAGGCGGUGUUGCCACGUUCACCGCAGCCAGUGCCGCGUCUCAAGUAGAGACUUGCCUCGCCGCAUGUAGCGUGUGUAGUGAUGUAUCAGGUUGCAUGACAUAUCGUUGAGGCAAUCGCUAUGAGUCUGCCGCGGACGGGAGACGGGAAUUUACCUCGAGACAGAUCUCAGCUUCUAUACGAGAGUAGCACGGAAGUAAGGCCGCGACGCCGUGGUUAAAACUUAAAACAUCUGUAACUUCUAGUAGCAACCUCUGUAAGAAGAUAUGAGUGCAAUAGAAAAUCACACAUUCUGGACAGAAUUUAUUGCAUUAUAUAAGAGUCUUCCUUGUUUGUGGGACAUAAGGUCAAAAUCAUAUGUGGACAGAAAUUUAAGAAAUGAUGCAAUAGAUGUUUUGAUCGAAAAAUGUAAAGAAAUAAAUCCUUCGUCAGAUAAAGAUUUCGUUAAUAAAAAAAUACACAAUUUGCGGUGCAGUUUUAGAAGAGAAUUGAAAAAAGUCAAACAGUCGAGAUCAACAAAAAAUGUAUAUAUACCAAGCCUCUGGUACUUCGAUAUUUUAAGUUUUAUAACAGAUUGUGAUCCAGGGAGAGAUACAGAAAACCUUAGUGAUGUUAGUAUUAAUUUGAAAACUGAAUGCGAUGAUAAUAUGGAAGAAGACGAUGUCGAUACAGAAGGAAAUAUGACAUCUUCAUCUCCGGAAGUAUCAACUAGAUUAAGUUCUUCUUUAUCAACAACUUCUUCAAUGACAAGAAAUGUAUUCAAACGAAAAAGGAAGUGCAAAGAUAAGAAAAGUCAACCGGUUGAACUUGCUCAUAAAAUUUCAAAGGAUGCAAUACCUAAUACACACGUCCGAGAAGAUAUUUUUGAUAUUACUGGAAAAAAGAUUGCCUGUGACCUUAGAGAAUUAAACGAGCAACAAAGAAUAAUAGCAGAGAAACUUAUCAAUGAUAUUAUAUAUUAUGCAAAAUUAGGUUUCUGGAAAUAUUUGAUAUAAGAACUAUAACGAUAUAGUGCAGGAAAAUUUGUAAGCUUCGUAACUUCAUUCGGUAACUAAAUAUUUAAGCAUAGUUAUCAGACGUUCUUCUGCAGAUAUAGUUUCUCGUGUUACAGUAUUCGCUUUCUCGAUAUAAGAAAAUGAAAUAAAAAUUUUUGUCUACAUUGUGUGUGGAUAAUUUUACAAAUAUUUUGAUCUUAUUUAUCAAACAUUUCUGUAAUGGUCAUAUGUAAGAUUAUUCUUUCUUUUGCUUUUCAUCUCAAUACUUUCUUUUUAAUUUUCUCCUAUUGCGUAGAAAGAUAUUGGAAUGCUAUUUACUUACCUUAACAUUGAGAUUAAAUGUAAGUAGGUAACAUGAUACAUAUUGAGACUGCCUCAUCUGGUUUCGAGUCAUGUGGCGAGGCCGAGACUUUCACUAUGUCUAGGGUACUUCACCGUGAGUCGUCUAUAUAUUUUCGGUCACUUAAUUACGUUGUAUAUUAGAAAUUUCGAAUAGAUACACACACGCAACACUAUUUCAUAUUACUCAGAAUUUUAUUGCAAUUGUAAAUAAUACUACACACACACAUACACACACAUACAUUAUUAUUUCUAUAUUGGUUAAAUUUUUUUGUACACCACCGUUUUUGGAUAUUAAUAAUAUGAAAUUGCUAAUUAACAUAAUAUUAGUAAUUAAUAUAUAAUAUAACCCUAACAUAUAAUGUUGAUAAUUAAUUCGAUUAUUCGCGAUGGAAAAUGGAAUACGCAACAAAAUUAAAGAGUCAUUCAA